CGGUAUAGAAUAAAAGCUCUCCCGCACCUCACCAUGUCGACAUAUAAAUCAAAGAGGAGCUCCCGUAAAUCUCAAAACGACGGAGUUUUCUUCUCUUUUCAAUUCCUUAGCUCGCACGUUCAAGCUAUUCUGAUCUCCGAUCAGAAUCGGAAGAAAACGGCAUUUCAUCGGCGAACAAGACAGCAAAUAAAAUCAACCUAAAUUGAAAAAGAAAUAGAGGAACAUGAUGAAGAUCGACGUGAACGCGAUGGCUCGUAGAGUCGAAGUCGAUAAUCGAAUUCCUCUCCGCUAUUAUUAUCGAAUCGCCGAUAAUCUCCUCAAACAGGCAAGCAUUUACGGAGGCGAAAAGAAUAUAGUAGAUUUGUACAUAAUACUACUUAGAUAUUCAAGUUUGGUGUCGGAGACAAUACCUUUCCAUCGAGAUUACCAGGUUUUGCUUCUGAGAGAAAAGUCGGUAUAUAGGAAGAGACUUUUAGCUGUUCUUGAUGAGCUUGAAUCUUUGAAACCAGAGGUUCACCAGAGAGUUGAGGAACUAAAUAAAGCUCAUGCAGGGGCUCAAUUAAUUGAACUUGAUGGACAUGAAAUCAGUUCCUACGGCUUGGAGAAGAUGUCACCUUUAGAUUGGCCUUCAGUAAAUAAAGGGUAUAAUAUGAGCUUGGAUAUUAAGAAGCCUGCCAACGUGGCAGUUCAGCCUUCAUGGAAGUAUAACAAUGAUCGUAAUCAAGUUGACAAGCAGUUCCACAAGUUGUCUUUUAAUAUACCUCUUCCAAAUAAGGAAACUCUUUCUAGACACUCAUUUCUAGGCCCUAACGGUCUUCAAGGCCAGUGGCGUGGACCAAGUGCAGAGAUAAAGGUUCAGUAUCCUAGCAAUAUGGAUCUGGUACCUGCUGAAAACUCGGGCCUGAAUCAGGCUGGACAAUAUGGUCCUUUGGCUGUAAAAGAUGUUGAUCCAGGAGGUGUUGCUUCUGCUAUGGAGUCAGUGCUCUCCUUAGAUGAUGGUCGAUGGUUACAUUCUGCUGAAGAGUCGUGUCCCCCUUUGAUUAAUGAAGCAAGUGAGGAUCCUUUCCAGUUUGUUGGUAUCAAACAACCUUCUCCUCCUCCUGUUCUUGCUCAAGUGCGGCAGGACUUUAGUCCAAUUCCUCCAUCAAAAGUUGCUGAUCCAAGACCUGGUCCAGCAAAGCCUUCUCAAGAUGGAAUGCCAAACCCUAAUUCAUAUCAACAUUUACAUGUUCCAGCACGAAUGAUGGAGGAUUUCUUACGACUGGCUCAGGCAAAUACUGAAAAGAAUUUGGAAACAUGUGGUGUUCUAGCUGGAUCAUUGAAAAACAGGGUUUUCCACAUCACCACGCUUAUAAUCCCAAAGCAGGAGUCAACCUCAGAUUUUUGUUCAACAUUAAAUGAAGAAGAAAUUUUUGAAGUUCAAGAUAAAUUAUCUCUUUUUCCUCUGGGGUGGAUUCAUACACACCCAACUCAGACUUGUUUCAUGUCGUCGGUUGAUCUUCACACUCAUUACUCAUAUCAGAUUAUGUUACCAGAAGCAAUUGCAAUUGUUAUGGCCCCAACUGAUACAUCCAGCCCGCAUGGCAUCUUUCAUCUGUCUGACCCAGGCGGUGUGUCCGUUAUUCGUAAUUGUCAGCAACGAGGAUUCCAUCCCCACGAGGAGCCUUUAGAUGGAACCCCAAUCUAUGAGCAUUGCUCUCAUGUCUUUAUGAACCCCAAGAUAAAGUUUGAUGUUGUUGAUCUCCGGUGAGAUUCGAUGUCUCAACGUACCCUGAUGAAGUAUUGCUGGGAAACUUUUUUCCAUGGAAAAGAAAUGAAGUAUCCCUAUUAAAUAAUUGUUUUUCUGACGUGGAUCUCGUAAAUUCAACUUACGAGAAUCAUCGUACAAAUAGAGCAUACCCCUUUUUUUUUUUUUCAAUCAUGUUCUAAGAAUUACAUUCACUCAUUCCUUGCUCGCUUUGUACUGUAUAUUAACUUAUUAAGACCUGUUUUGUAAAGGAAAGGUUUAGUGACAGAUUAAUUAUUACAUUGUUUCCCAAUUUGGUUUUUUAUAGGAAGAAUUUGGACAGUAAAAUCUUAAAUGCAUCGUAUUGAUUAAGC